UCUCACUAUCUUUCCCUCUGUCUGCAAAAAUGUGUCUUUUAUUCUCUAGACUUGAAGGUCAACACGCUCUCCUUCAAAAUAAAAUCAAAGAUCACGUUUAGGACAAUUAAAAAUCUGUAUUGGAUUUAAAUUACAGCAGCACCAGGAUGGAUUUUUUGCCUCUCCAAAGUCUCUCUCUCUCUUUUUUUUUCUUUUUUUUUAUUGACGGCAUGUAUAAUCACACGCACCUCAUAAAACAUUUAUUGAUACAUAAAGACAUUAUUACCCUCCUUUGAAUGAAUACAAUAAUUUCACACAACUGCCGUUUCCGGCUUUAAAGCUUUUAAAAAAUUCAAACCAACCCUUAGAAAAUAUGUUUCCUCGCCGAAUAUUAACAAUGGAUUCGCCGCAUUGUUGAACGGAAAUGGCGUCUGUUAUUUUACAACAUGUUAUUACAUCUAUUUUACGAGGACUCCGUAAGUCUAUAAACCAUUUUACUAGCAUUGAGGGGUAUCAGGACGAUAUUAUAGGAGUUUUCUCAAACGUUAAGAUGCACUGAAUCCUCUGUGUGUGUGUGUGUGUGUGGAAAAGUGUCUUAUUCCUUCAUUUGCUGUAUUGUUGUAACGUCCUGCAGAACAGCCGCACAUGAGAAACCCAGAAUAGAAAUAAACAUUUGAGCGACUGUUUUCUCCCUGCAGUCACAUCUGACGGGGCUUUUUAUUAUUUGCGAAAUGAAAAGCUGAAUUAAACUUGACGAGAAGAAAAAAAAAGAAAGAGAGAGAGAGAGAGAGCAAGGGCAGGAUUGAUUUACUCGCUGUAUUGGUAAAUAUGACCACGUGAUCCAUGUAACCAAUCCCUGUAGAUGCAGGCCAGCAAAAAUACUAUGAUUGUUCAUAGAGGGAAGCUUCCCGUAACAGUGCAACCCUUAUUAUAUGAGUAGGAAGAGAUCAAAAAUGUCUUCCAGUGGCACUCUCAGUAACUGCUAUGUGGACGCUAUAAUGGGGCAGGAGCCGGAGGAUGUGUACGGUGCUCGUUUUAUUCAGGCUCCACACAUGGUGACCCCGAGGCCGUCAGGUGCUGGGGACAGCGCAGACUUCUCCUCUUGCAAUUUUGCGCCAAAGUCCGCCGCCGUUUUCUCGUCUUCUUGGUCUUCGGUUCACCCGCAGGGGAUUUAUCAUCCAUACGUGCACCACCACCACCACCACCACCAGUCCCAUCUCCCCGCUUCGGACGGCAGAUAUGUAGGCGUCCGAUCCUGGAUGGACCCCAUCUCCAACCACGUUUCGUUUGCCGGAAUUCACCCAAGCAGUCGGCAGUACGGGACAAAGCCGGAGGUUUUGCCACCGAAAGCUGCGGAGUGUGACACGUUGGAGGCAGAGGCUCGAGGUCCGCUCGCCGGUGAAUACGCGUGUGGAGUAUCGGAGUGUCCAGAAAAAGCGACCAAAGAGCACAGUGGAAGUGAGCUUUCGAGCCACAGCGAGCCCAAAGAGGAGAAACAACAACAACUUGACCCAAACAACCCCGCAGCAAACUGGAUUCACGCACGCUCAACAAGAAAGAAGCGAUGCCCGUACACAAAAUAUCAGACUUUAGAGCUGGAGAAGGAGUUCCUCUACAACAUGUAUUUGACAAGAGACCGACGCUAUGAAGUCGCCCGCAUACUCAGUUUAACCGAGAGACAAGUGAAGAUCUGGUUCCAGAACAGGAGGAUGAAAAUGAAGAAGAUGAACAGAGAGAGGAGCGGCAAGGAGCACUUAUGAAAAAAGAAAAAGAAAGAAAAUCACUGCUGCCAUUUCACACAUUUAAUGUUUGUACCAAGGAAAGCCAUCUGAACAAUUACAUUUAUUUUGGUAGGAGCCUUGUUAUUAUUAUUUAGACCCUCUGAGGUAGCCUAACAUGUCGUGUGAGUGUCAUUAGGCGUUGGCAUCGAAAUCACAUGCGCAGAGGACACAGACAUGGAUCCGUCAAAUACUGUUUGAAGCCAUCUGCAAGUCUGUUUUACGCCAACAAACACACUCAAAAUGUGUUCAGUAUCCUCCCGCAGUGGGGGGGAAACGUGCCUAUGUGUAUUGCCUUUCUAGAUGUUCAGAAUGUGGAGUUGAAUAUAAACAUUUUCACAGCUUAAACUACUUUGACUUGAUGUCUGUGUCAGCACACACACAUGGAGACACUGCGUCAGGAAACCAUUUUUGUUUUGUUUUGUUUUUGUCAUUGUAUGACCCCAGAAAUAGUUUUUUUGCUUUCACAGUUUGGCUUUAUAUAUUUUAAUCUACAGCUUGGUCCCGUUUUCGUGCGCCAUUGAUGGUUUCAUUUGCGUAUCUUUGUGCGUAAUUUUGGGGGAUUUUUCAAUCCCCCCCAAAAAAUGUUCCUUGAGGCAGUAAGACUAUACUUCUGCCAGCAAGUCAGACUAUUGACUUACUUUUGCUGCUAAAACAGCAAAAGUAAGCCAAUAGUCUGGAUUUAACUAUUUAUAUUUUUCACAUUUGCAGCCAAGAAAUGAAUCUGCGGAGAUUUAAAGGGAUUAAACUACUCCUUUAAUCCUUAAACGAGGCCACAUGUGUAGGCCUAUGGUUGCAUUUCACCUUUUUCUAAAAAAAAAAAAACGGAUUUGAAACUUUAAAACAACGAGUAAUAAAGUGUUUACGAUUGGGAGAGGUGUUGCGGCGGAUUUCCAAUUUAUUGUCCAACUUGUACGAAUAAUUACUUUAAAGCAGGAAGAAACGCGGUCCAAUAAAGCUAUAGAAAUGGCUAGACGUCUGGCCUAAAUGACUUUAUGGUCCUGGCCAGUAAUUACACUCUCCUUUGAAAAGCUUCUUUCUUUGGGGCGUUUGCGUCUGUUGCUGACAAACAGAAUGUUAGACACUUUUCCACAGGGUGUCUGCUCGAUGAAUUGUUUUCAGGAGGAAAUCAUCCCCCCACCUUUUAAUGGUCACGUUUAUUCAUCAACUGCACUUCCCACCGAUGGGAAGAAAAAACAAAAAAACUUCACUUUGACUGGUGUUGGAUGUAGUUUAACUCUCUCUGAUGAAUUUAUUUUAUUUUCACAUGAGAGAAAACGUGUCCUGAUUUUACCCCACACAGGACAAACCACAGGAGGCUCACAGUGAAGCAGAUUUGUAUGAUUUUUAAUUGAAUUUAAACUUAUGCAAACACAUUUCUAUACAAUUCUAGUAUAUAUAAUAUAUAUUAUUAUAUUCCACUGAAAUUGUGCACAGUUGAAUACAAUGUGUCUGUGUGCUGGAGCUUCAGUGGGAAAGAAAUGAGAGCGCUAGAGGGCGAUAUUGUCCUUUCAGUGUCAGUUACUGCAGUUCAUUCACAGCUGGAACAUUUAAGCAACACAUGGACCAUACCAUCCAACAUGCACUCAUGAAUCCAGUGAUUUAUAUCAGGGAGAGGGGGAAACGGGUUUAAAAAGAACAAAUCUCUGAAUAUUCUUUAUAAAACUUCAUGUUUUCUGACCUGGGAACUCACAUUUUGUGUUAUUUCAAAUAUAAAGCGACAAUGAUCAGCAGAUUUUUCCAUCCUGAGUCGACAAAACUAAA